UUUCUUUACCUCAGCAACAAACUGUCUGCGCAGAGUCCCGACAGUCUGCCGCAUCUCACCGGCUUUACGGACAACCAGCGAGUGCUUCUGAUGAGGUAAUCUCUUGGUCGCCGUGCGCUUGGAUCUCUGACAGAGACAUGGCCUUCUUCAAGAGCUUCCAACAGACUCUACCGUCCGUCAACAUCUCCUCCAUCCUGGACUCGGUCACCAGCCGUGUGGACGACCUGGCCAACACCGUUAGCGACGUCACCUAUGCCGUCAGCGACCAGCUCACCGAGCAGGUCACCACCAUCAUCAGCAAGGUGCAGGAUGCAGAGGAUGGCGAAAACGGCAGCGGCCAGGAGGCGGGGCAGGCCUCCGGCGCACAGGAAGCCAGGACCGGCGGUAAAAACGUGCGGCAGAGAGACUCAAACACCAACCACACGGGCUCAAAAACCAACCAGGGGAGUGAUGCGGCGGAGGGAGGGCAAAACCAGAGCCAGCUGGAGUGGGAAUGGAGGGACGGGUGCUGGCGAGUGAAAAGGUCAGAAGCCGAGCUAGCCGAGGAAGACAGGAGGAAGAAGGAGCAGGAGGAGCUGCAGGAGAAGAGAGAGCAGAGGAGAAAGGAGAGGAGACAGAGGCAGCUCGAGAAAGAAGGCAAAGUGAAGAGAAACGAAGAAGAACCCAACGAGGGAGAGCGAGCAGAGGCCGCCGAAGGCCCGGAGAACCAGAGCGAGGAAAGAGGCGACGACUGCGAUCCAACUCCUCAUUCGCCUGGAAAUGAAAGGAGAGAAUCGAAACAAAAUGAGGAAAGUAGUGGAGAGCAAGUGGAGGAGGAAGACGGUUCUGAGAGAGAGGCAGACAACGAGGAAGAGGCUGAGCCGUCUAAAUCUGCCUCCGUGGGGAAGAAAAGGAAGGAGAGCUCAAAGAAAUCUGAAGCAGCUUUAGAUGUGGAGAAGAAAGACAAAGCAAAGAAAGGCAAGAAGAAAAAGAAAGGAAACCAAGAUGGAGCCGUUUCAGACAGCGAAGAAGAGAAAAGCCCAGGAGCUGUGACCCAGCAGAACCCCACAUCUGCGUGGAGCCAAAGCAACCAGUGCGAUGAGCAGGGAGGGUACAGCAGCGAGGCCUCCAGUGAACAAGCCGCCAGCAUCCAGAGAAUAAAGACGGAGUGUUCCCGAAGUGAAGCCCGGCCUCCGCCGUACAAGAGCUCAGGGAAAAACAAGUCCUCCUGCUCGGAGCGAGGAGUCAGGAGGGCGUCGUCCCCGAAGCGCCGCGGCAGCUCCCACUGCUCCAGCCAGGCCAGCCUGGACCAGGACACGGAGAGCUACCUGAACAAAGGCUGCGAGGAGGACAUCCCCAGCGACAGCACGGCUGUUCUGGGUCCAGAGGACGGUCUUCACCUGCCUGCAGCCUACGAGCCGGAGCCACUUGCGCAGUACGGCACUCUGGACGUCGCCUUCGAGUACGACUCCGGCGAGCAGUGGCUGGCCGUCACCGUCACGGCGGCCACCGACAUCCCCGCCCUCAAACAGACGGGCAACAUCUCGUGGCAGGUCCACCUGGUCCUGCUGCCCACCAAGAAGCAGCGGGCCAAGACGGGCGUGCAGAGAGGCCCGUGCCCGGUUUUCACCGAGACCUUCAGGUUCUCCCGGGUGGAGCAGGACGCCUUGGGGGACUACGCCGUCCGCUUCCGCCUGUACAGCAUCAGGCGGAUGAAGAAGGAGAAGGUCCUGGGAGAGAAGGUGUUCCACCUGACCAAGCUGAACCUGCAGGGGAAGAUCGCUCUGCCCGUCACCCUGGAGCCAGGCUCGGAGCUUACAGGCUGCGGCUCGCUGGUGAGCGUGUCCCGCAGCGCAGGAGCUUUGUCCUGCCGCUCCACUGAAGACACGUCGCUGCCAGAAAUCCUCCUGGGUCUCGUCUAUAACUCUGCCACGGGGCAGCUGUCGGCCGAGGUCAUACAGGGAAGCCACUUCAAAACGCCUGCGUCUGAUAAACCUGUCAAUGAUCUGUUUUGUUGUGUGAAACACUUCGUAGGGGGACAGCUGUACAUCAUGAGAGACACCUACGUGAAGCUCACCAUGCUGGACUCCAAGGGCAAAGAGAUGUCCAAGCACAAGACGGCCGUGUGCCGCGGCCAGCCCAGCCCCACCUACAAGGAGACGUUCGUCUUCCAGGUGGCGCUCUUCCAGCUGUCGGAGGUGUCGCUGGUGCUGUCGGUGUUCUGCCGGCGGAGCAGCCUGAAGCCCAGGGAGAGGCUGGGCUGGGUCUCCCUGGGCCACGACAGCACCGGCGAGGAGCAGCAGACCCACUGGGCGGAGAUGAGGGAGGCGGAGGGCCAGCAGGUCUGCCACUGGCACACGCUCACCGACACAUAAGAGACGGCUCGUCCAAGAACCCACCUGCAAAACAAAAACAAAGGAGCUUUCUCCCCUGGAUGCACCUCAGGAGAUGUGUGUUCACAUUUCUUGUGCGUGCGUGAGGACCAGCUUUGGUUCCUGGCAGUGGCGUCACUAGGCCUAUUUUAGGGGGGCUGGAGCCCCCCUAAAAUGUUUUA